AUGGAAGGACCGGCCGCCGAGGCAGCGGCCAGGGGAGUGGAUCACCACGGCGGCGGCAGGAAGGGGAUCAAGUGGGAGAAGACGUACCUGGACGUGCUGGGCGUGUGCUGCACCGCGGAGAUCGCGCUCGUGGAGCGGCUCCUGGCGCCGCUCGACGGCGUGAGGGCGGUGGCCGUCGUCGUCCCCUCCAGGACCGUCAUCGUCGAGCACGAUCCCACCGCCGUCUCCCAGUUCCACAUUGUGAAGGCGCUGAACAAGGCGGGCCUCGAGGCCUCGAUUCGGGCAUAUGGCAGCAGCAUCGGGGCCGUCGGCCGGUUGCCCAGCCCGUACAUCAUCUCCUGCGGCGUCCUGCUCCUCGCGUCUUUCUUCGCGCCGCUCCUCCCUCCCCUGCGGUGGCUGGCCCUGGCGGCGGCCUGCGUCGGCUCCCAGCCGAUGCUGCUCAGGGCGUUCGCCGCGGCCAGCAAGCUCACCCUGGACAUCAAUGUCCUCAUGCUCGUCGCGGUGACCAGCGCGAUCGCGCUCAGGGACUACACGGAGGCAGGCGUCAUCGUGUUCCUCUUCACCACCGCGGAGUGGCUGGAGACCCUGGCGUGCACCAAGGCGAGCGCCGGGAUGUUGUCGUUGAUGAGCAUGGUCCCGCCCAAGGUUGUGCUCGCCCAGACAGGCCAGGUUGUCAGCUUGUGCGACGUCAGCGUAGGCACCGUCGUCGCAGUCAUGGCUGGGGAAGUGGUCCCGGUCGACGGCGUGGUGGUCGACGGGCUGAGCGAUGUCGACGAAAGCAGCCUCACCGGCGAGUCCUUCCCUGUGCCAAAGCAACCACAGUCCGAGGUCUGGGCCGGCACGCUCAACAUGGAUGGUUACAUUGCCGUGAGGACAACUUCUGUGGCCGAGAACUCCACGGUGGCCAAGAUGGAGAGGCUGGUGGAGGCGGCGCAGAGCAGCCGGUCCAAGACGCAGCGGCUGAUCGAUUCGUGCGCAAAGUACUACACCCCGGCUGUGGUUGUUCUUGCAGCAAGUGUUGCUCUUGUCCCACUGCUGCUGGCAGCACAAGACCUGAAACGAUGGUUUCAGCUGGCUUUAGUGCUGCUGGUGAGCGCGUGCCCGUGCGCGCUGGUUCUGUCGACGCCGGUCGCCACCUUCUGCGCGCUCCUGAGGGCGGCGAGGAUGGGGGUUCUCAUCAAGGGAGGGGACAUUCUUGAAUCAUUGGGCGAGAUUAGAGUCGCGGCAUUCGACAAGACUGGAACCAUCACCAAAGGGGAGUUCAGCAUCGAUUCGUUCCAUGUGGUUGGGGACAAGGUUGAAAUGGGUCAGCUUCUUCACUGGGUAUCUAGUAUUGAGAGCAAAUCAAGCCAUCCAAUGGCUGCUGCACUUGUUGAGUACUCUCAGUCCAAGUCUAUCCGACCGAAGCCGGAAAACGUGACUGAAUUUCUCAUCUAUCAUGGGGAGGGCAUCUACGGAGGGAUCGAUGGAAAACACAUCUACAUUGGAAACAAAAGGAUCAUGGCAAGGUCCUCAUGUCAAACAUCAGUCCAAGAAAUGGAUGAUCUUAAAGGAGUGUCCACCGGUUACGUGAUAUGCGAUGGCGAUCUUGUCGGGGUGUUUACGCUCUUCGACGAGUGCAGAACUGGGGCGGCAGAGGCGAUCCAGGAGCUGAGAUCAAUGGGAAUCAAGUCAGUGAUGCUCACUGGGGACAGCACGGCAGCGGCCAAACACGCACAGGAGCAGCUAGGGGGCGUCCUGGAGGAGCUCCACUCCGAGCUCCUCCCUGAGGACAAGGUCCGGCUCGUCGGCGAGCUCAAGGCAAGGUCUGGGCCGACGCUGAUGGUUGGUGACGGCAUGAAUGACGCCCCGGCGCUGGCAACGGCGGAUGUGGGUGUCUCCAUGGGCCUGUCCGGAUCCGCGGCGGCCAUAGAGAUCAGCCACGCCACGCUCAUGUCCAGCGAUAUCCUCAGGGUCCCCGAGGUCGUCAGGCUCGCGAGGCGCGCCCGGCGGACCAUCACAGUCAACGUGGUCACCUCCGUGGGCGCGAAGGCCGCCGUCCUCGCGCUGGCCAUCGCGUGGCGCCCCGUUCUGUGGGCGGCCGUGCUCACCGACGUCGGGACGUGCCUGCUCGUCGUGCUGCACAGCAUGCUGCCGCUGAGUGAGACUACGAGGAAACGGAGAGACGGGGAAUCCAAGACGUGCUGUGCAACAGCGAAGGCGCUAGCGAUCAGGUCGCAGCUCGCCGGAUCACCGAACACCUCAACCGCCAGUGUUCAGAAACCAGGUGAAAAAACUAAGGAUGGCCAUUGCUGCCACAAGCAAAUCAAGCCGCUUGAGCACUUGGUCGUGAUCGACAUACCAGCACCAGCAGGUGAGCACCAAGAAGAGGCGAUUCCUCGUACGGCGGCGAAAAGCAAGACCGCCGGAUGUUGCGGCGCCGGCAAAGCUUGUGAUACUCCCACGGUGCCUACUGCAAACAGGGCGCCACAAGAAGGUGAAGAAGAUCUGAGCAUGAGUGUGCCGAAGACAGCCAGUUGCAACAAGGUAAGGAGUAAGUGUGAUUCUCCAAAGGAAGGUUGCAUGGGCGCAAGGUGUUGUUCUGGUGGUAAAGAUGGCAUCUCAGCUCCUCGAGUGCUGGCAUUUGUGCAAUAGCCUUGUAUAGAUUGUUCUUAGAGUACUUUUGUACAGGUUGUUGUGCAGUGCUCAGUUGG